AUGGACGCACAACGCUUGCCGCCUCCCGAAACACCACGUCGACAGCUGCUCAAACGCAUUCACCGCAGGAGCUCCAUCCUCCCUUCCGCCGAUCCAUCGGUCCACCUCGCCCCCUCGACCUCCGCAUCCACCUCCACCUCCCGCUCCAACUCCCGACGCGCAUCGCUCAACACAGCAGGCACCUCGCCUCUACUCAACAGCGCAGCACUCGAACGCCACGACGAGGCAGACGAGGAUCAUGACCAAGCGGAUAGCACCCAUGACGCCAGGCCCGCAACUGCCAUUCCUGACCAUGACCAGGGCGACAUUUACAUCGACGCCAGCCACUACGGCGUGCACACCGACAUGCAAGACCACAAAGAUGCAGACGAGAACGGCGAGGAGGCAGCAUGGGCGCAGGUGGAUGAGCUCAUGGACACGGUCCAGCUCAAGAACCAGCGCAUCCUUCAGCUCGAAAAGGAGCUAGCCCAGUGUCAACGCGACCUGCAAGCCGAGAAGGAUCGCAUCAAGCCAUCCUCGAAGGCAGGCAAUGCCAACGCUGGACAAGAAAAGGGACUCACACGUGCGGCGGCGGUCAAGCUCGAACGCGAGUUCCUCUCGCAGGAGAUGAUCCUCAAGGGUCUGCAGCGCGAUAACGAGGACAAGACGCUCGAAGUCGAGGCGCUCCGACGCAAGCUCAAGCUCAUGUCCGACUUCCUCUCGCGCCAGUAUGGCCCCGACGACUGGGAAGCAGUGGUUCAGGCAUCUUCUGGACUUGCCGCUGCAACCAGCUCUGGCGCCAAGGAGUCCACGGUGGCUGCGAGUCCCGACAAGGAGAGCCUGAGCGCAGUAGCUCGGUUGCUCGGCGCUGCGAACGCGGCAAGUCCACGCGGUGCAAAUCGUGCCAUCUUCACUCCGCUUCUCGGCAGCGACGCCAUGGCCAAUCCUUUCUCGCCCAUGGCUGCAAGCCCAACAAAGACGGGCGCGGCCAUCAACAACGACGACGAGCUCAUCCCCACCAUUGCGCGGCUGCACACACCCGCCUCGAGCCCCAGCAAGAUGUUCGUCUCCUCGUUCGCCCGGCCUCGCACCUCGCUCGACAACGCCAACGACGAGCUGGCCAACGAAACGACGGAACAGGUUCGGCAAGAAGAGAUUUCCUCGCCGCACCCGAACCUGGAAGCCACGGCAUGUGCGAACCUGAGUGUGAAGAACACUGCUGGACCGAAUGAACUACCAGCUGGAAUCGAUCGCAACAUGCUGCUCGCUUCGAUCGAGAGCGUGCGUCUGCUCAUCCAGGGCUUCGAGCGCAAGAACGCAAUGCGCAGGGCAGAGCUGGAAGCUACGAUCGACAAUGCGCUCCAGGCCGAGCGCAGAGCCGAACGGCUGCAGGCCGAGGCAGCAGCGCUCACCACUCCUACUCCCGCAGUCAUCUAG